AUGUCUUCAACCGGAAGUUGUUUCGAUAUUGGCGCAGCUACUAGUAAUUCACUGAAUGAAUUUGAAUAUCGUCAGCAACAGUUUGCUGCCAAGCAUAACAUUCCGAUUGCACAAUUAGACUAUCUUUCUGAUGCUGGCCUGUUGACUAAGUUCCCAGUGAAAUGUAGUGAAUCAGGUGUUGCUGGUAAUGGAGCCCUUAUGCGUCUGACUCCCGUACCACUUUUCUUCUAUAGACAUCCUGUUCAUGCUGUCGAAUACUCAGGAUUUAGUGGCAUGAUUACGCAUGGAGAUCAAAAGGCCUAUGAUGCAUGUCGUUAUUAUGGUGCGCUGAUCGUAGCCGCUGUACAAGGUGCCGAAAAGGAAGAGUUGCUAGAUAACAAGUUUUACGAAGCCCAUUUAUCGUGGUUUAACUCCUAUCCACUGGUUCCAGAGAUCAUGAAAAUCGCUCAUGGGUCUUAUAAGCAAAAAGGUGGAUACGAUGCUGGUAUUCGAGGCAAAGGACACGUUGUCAAUGCUCUCGAGGCCGCUUUAUGGGCAUUUUGGUCUGAAGAAACCUUUGAAAAGGGUGCUCUCGCUGCUGUCAAUUUAGGUGAUGAUACAGACACAACUGCUGCUAUUUACGGUCAAUUAGCUGGCGCCUAUUAUGGUUAUAAAAAACUACCUGGAAAAUGGAUUCAACAUAUCUAUGCUAAAAGUUUCCUACUAGGUUUGAGUAAGUGGAUCGCCUACGAAGGAGAGAUGUGGCAGCCAAAUUAG